AUGUUUUUCAGAUACACAAAAGUCAUUUCCCCUUUAUUGCGACCAUCAUUUGCACGACCUGCAAAAUAUUUUUCGAUUAAUCUACCAAAACACCGACACACAAUGUCUCUCCCAGAGCUCCAGUGGGCCCAAGUGGCCGAGAAGACAGGCGGUCCCCUCGUCUACAAGCAAAUCCCAGUCCCCAAACCCGGUCCCGACGAAGUCCUUGUCAAAAUCCGAUAUUCCGGUGUCUGCCAUACCGAUCUCCAUGCCUUGAAGGGCGAUUGGCCCCUAGACACAAAGAUGCCCUUGGUGGGCGGCCACGAAGGUGCCGGAGUGGUUGUCGCCAAGGGUAAUUUGGUGCACGAGUUCGAAAUUGGCGACCAUGCCGGUCUCAAGUGGUUGAAUGGGUCUUGCCUUGCCUGCGAAUUCUGCAAAAGCUCCGAUGAGUCUCUAUGUCCCGAUGCCUUGUUGUCUGGGUAUACCGUCGAUGGCACUUUCCAGCAGUACGCCAUUGGAAAAGCAGCACACGCUACCAAGAUCCCCAAGAACGUUCCCCUCGACGCCGUUGCACCCGUUCUCUGCGCCGGUGUCACUGUUUACAAGGGAUUGAAGGAGGCUGGCGUCAAGCCUGGGCAGACCGUGGCCAUUGUCGGCGCCGGUGGUGGUUUGGGAUCUUUGGCACUGCAAUACGCCAAGGCGAUGGGAAUUCGUGUCAUUGCCAUUGAUGGUGGUGAGGAGAAGAAAGCCAUGUGCGAGAGUUUGGGAGCAGAGGCAUACAUCGAUUUCACAAAAUCAAAAGACGUUGUCGCAGAUGUCAAAGCAGCAAGUCCCCAGGGACUUGGUGCUCACGGUGUUCUCUUGCUUGCCGUUGCCGAAAAGCCCUUCCAACAAGCCACAGAGUACGUCCGACCUCGCGGAUCAGUCGUCGCCAUUGGUCUCCCAGCAAACGCAUUCCUCAAGGCUCCUGUCUUCAGCACAGUCGUACGCAUGAUCAAUAUCAAGGGUAGCUACGUCGGCAAUCGCUUGGAUGCCGAGGAAGCUGUCGACUUUUUCGCUAGAGGAUUGAUCAAGGCUCCUUAUAAGGUUGUGCCAUUGAAAGAACUUCCUCAUAUUUUCGAGAUGAUGGAACAAGGCAAGAUCGCCGGUCGGUACGUUCUCGAGAUCCCUGAGUAAGCGUCCAGGGUUAUUCUCAGCCGAUGCAUCUCCACGCUGCUCAUGGAGAGUCAUCAAAAGGCGCUACCAAAAAGAUCAAUCGAUUCGUUCAUCUGAGUCAUAUCCUCAAGAUGAGAAGAAAACGUGGGAGUCAUCCCUCAUAUGUGUGUCGCUACUAAACACGCUUUUUUGGAAAUUCCCAUCAAUUGGCGUUCUGUUAUAAUGUAUUAGGACGAAGCUUGCUAUUUUAAUGAAACGUUGAUGAAUU